UCUUCUGAGGAAGAAGUGAAAAUAAAUGGUGAUUGUUCGUGCGGUUGGGUUGGCGGCAUUGCGAAAGUGCGCGUUUAUUUACAAUUUAUGUAUGUUUUUAUUUUGCAAUUAGUUAUUUAUUUUUGGUGAUCGUUUGAAACGCGUCGUGGAAUGCGCGAUCUGGAGUUUUACGUUCGGCUCGUGGUGGCCUUUGGUGCCGCGACGUGAGCGUCGUCCGCACGGUGGACGCCAUUUCUGCAUCGCAUCUCACGAAACUCUCUGCUCUAACCUCUUUACCUGUGCUGUGCGAGCUGAAGUUACUCGCGAGUUAUUUGGGUUAUGUUUCUCGGGGCAACUGCAGACUCUGAAUUUGUGCCCCCCCUGUUUUUGGUGGUGCGCGGAAGAGGAGCCUCCGUCGAAGAGGUGCUGGAGGACGACGACGACGAGAAAAACUCCAGACGGACUUUGUUUGCGUGCGUUGUUUGUUGUUGUUGUUGUUCUUGCGCGUUGUGUGUGUGUCUGGUGGUGGCGACGGCGGUGGCUGCUCCAGCGGCUGUCAAAAGACAAGAGAAGAUAAACAAAACAAGAGAGGACAGUCGUUUUUUUUUUAGCCCCCUUUGAUCCCCUUUGAGCAGCAUUACACAGUAAACAAUAACAAGUGGGGGGCUAGUGCAAACGCUGACCCACUUCCAGCAUGCUGAUCAACAUCUUCGUCUGUAUGGGCAAACAGGAGUAGGAAUUACUUUUUGGUGUGAUGAUUGUUCGGACUGGCAAGAGGCAGGAUGUGAUCAGCACCCAAAACAUGCACCACCGCAUACCCAUCACCAACCUGAAUGGCCACCUGACUUGUUCCCUGUGCAAAGGUUAUUUCGUCGAUGCCACCACCAUCAUUGAGUGUCUGCACUCCUUCUGCCGCAGCUGCAUUGUCAAGUACCUUCAGACCAACAGAUAUUGUCCUGUCUGUGAUGUGCAAGUACACAAGACCAAACCUCUACUCAACAUACGUCCAGACAAGACGCUCCAAGACAUUGUUUACAAACUUGUACCGAAGCUCUUUCAAAAUGAAAUGCAAAGGAGAAGACAAUACUAUUCGGAUCAUCCCGAUAUUAAACCGUCCGGAUUGGAGCAGUGCGGGGAGGCGUCGUACCAGCAUCUCCUCACGCCCGACGAAUCCAUAUGCAUAUCCUUCAAUUACCAUGGCAACUCGAGAACGAAGAGGUACUUGAGAUGUCCGGCUGCCGUUUCCGUGUCCCACCUGCAGAAGCUGAUCCGAGCCAAGUACGACCUGAAGGAUAACCAUCGGGUGGACAUCCUCUACAAUCAGGAUUGCCUUAACUCAUAUCUCACUCUGAUGGAUAUCGCCUACAUUUACCUGUGGCGACGGAAAGGUCCGAUGGAAAUAACGUACAGGAUAUACGAGAACAUGGCGAAAAGGGUGAAAGUGCAAGUGGCGGAUGGCGAGGGCGGAGCGGAGGAGAAUGCGGGUGUUGUCUUGAACAACAACAACAAUAGUAUAAAUCAUAACGAUUGGAAGGAGGUGCAAUUGAGGAUAUCGGAGAACGGGGAGAUGAGCGUGACGGGCAUCCAGGACUGCCUGGACAUGCUGGACGAGCAUAUCGAGGCCAUCGACGAAACGAGUCGUAUGUCUUCGGAGGAACAGCCGAGGAACAACAACGGCGGAACAGAAGAGGUCGCAGCAGGUGAAGGAAGAGGAGGAGGCGGUGGUAACAGUGUUGUCGGGGUGGUGGUGGAAACGCCGAAGAAGGAGAAGAAAAAGAAGGGUAAAGUGCAGCAGAGCAAUGAGAGCGGAGCGUCCGCUGUUGCCGUUCAUACUAAGCAGGGGGAGGUCGUUACGAACUGUAGUACAAAGGAGGCGGUGAUUGGUGGCGGCGACGGCGGUAGUAGUAGUAGUAAUAAUAACAAUAAGCGGAAGCUGGUGGAGGCCGUUGUCGGCGGCGAGACGGGGGAACCGCCUACGAAGAAAUCGAAACCAACAACACCAAUCACAACAUCCUCCACACCGAAUCACUCGGUCGGUCUGCAGAAUCUCUCGAACAAUCAUCCACUCAAGAAACACUCGCUCAAUAAAGUGGAUGGUGCGAAUAAGAGUAAUAAAGUUAACAGUGAUAUAAAGAAGGAAGUGACAAUUAGUACUAAUACAGUGGUGGCGGUCGCUACGACGACGACGAAAACAACGGCGACGGCAGCAGCAACAGCAACUUCGGCUUUAGCUGUUUCUGUUUGCACUACUUCUAUUAAUACGACGGCUACAAUGAGUGGUGACGGCGGCGCGGUUGCGGCAUCUACGACGGUCGCUUCGAGUGGUGGUGGUGAAGUGAGUAAAAAGGAGAGGAAGGUUAAGUCAGCGGAGAAGCAGCAGAGCGCGAAGGUGGCGAUUGCGGCGGCGCCGGCGCCAAUAAUAUGUACCUCAUCAAUAUCAACGACGACGGUGACAUCGUCUUCGACGUUCACCAGACCAAGCAAUGUCAAUACCACGAAACACGCGGCAAUCAACAACACCAGACCGGCGACGCCCGUAGCAUCGAUCACGCUUCUGACUACGACGACGACGUCGAUGAUGACCCCUUCACCUGGCCAGAAAUGGGGCAAGGCUUCCACUCCAGGUCCACCAUCGUACAUACCGAAACCGGCUUACAGUCCCAUCAUCAACGUACCAAAGGUGCAGGCCAGCACAAGCAGCAGCAGCAGCAGCAGCUCGGUGAAACUUCCACCCGAGAUCAACACCACGCAGAGCUCGAUGAUGUCCAAAACGAACUCGUCGGCGGUGACCCCAAAAUCAAAACCGAACAGUCCGAUGGGCUACAAGACGCUAAGGGAUCCGCCGAAGACAUGGAAUCCGCAAAUAGCGCGACCAAAACCUUCCGCGACCGCCGAACCCUCGAAAAAUGUGCGACCCGCAAAGUUCUUCAAGGUGCGCAACAACAUCCCCAGGUACCUGGGAAAUCCAGCGUCCGGCGUGAAACCUCUGUACCAGGUCCAGCACAACGUCGAGAAGGAGAAACCGAGACCGGAGAUCAAGCGGCAUUCCAUCGUGAAGAUCGAUCCGAAAACGUUGAAACCGGUGUCGGAGCGCGCGCCCGAAUCCUCCAACCUCACCAAUAUCACCAUCAGCCAACCGGACCUGAAGAUCAGCACGAGCAGCGUUCCAAUCUUCAAUCCGCUCAAGUUGCAGAGCUCCCCGAAGAGCGGCGACAGGAAGUCACCGCAGUCGCCGAAGAAGAGUCCGACGACGAGCAAAAGGGACAAACUCAAUUUGAGCUACACUCCGCCGAAUCCGUUCAUCCCGAACAUAUCGUCGCAGUUCCUCUAUCCCAGUGGACCACCAGGAUUUCCCACUUACGAUCCCCGCUACAUGGCCGCUUACCAUUCGCUGUUCUUCGGCAGUCGUCUGCCGGCACCCUACAAUCCCUCGACGACGCUUCCUCAGUCACCGCAUCCUGCAGUCGGCGGACUCAAUCUGGAGAUGACGAGUCCGCGCGCCAACAGCCCCAAGAACUCUGCGGCGAAACCGAAGAAGACGAAGGAGGAGAAGUCGUUGCAAAACGCGGUCGAGAAACUCACGAAGAUCAAAAGUGAGGAGACGAAGGCGGCCAAGAAGGAGGAGCGGGCUCCGAGCAGCAAAGAAGAUGACGACGACGAAACGAGAAAGAAGGCGACGGCAACGACGACCACGACGACCUCUUCGACAACAAUGACGACGACGACGGCCGUGGAGUCGAAGGAUGCGAGCAGCAAGCAGGUAGAGAUUAGGCAGAAAUCGGAAAGCAAUGUCGAUAUAAAUAAUCAGAAUAACAAUACAAUAGCAGCUGUGGAUAACGGAAACAAAAGUGAUAAUAAUGUCGAGAAGAAGAGUAAGAAGUAAGGAUUUCCUUUGUCAAUGAUGAUCUGAAACGACGAUUCGUGGAUUUUAGAUCAUAUUGACAAACGAAAUUCUUACGCCGAAUCCUAAUGAUAUUUACAAUACGAUGCACACACACACACACACACAUAUAAUGUAAAUGUUGCAGUUAAUAUGCGAUAUUAUUUUUUUCCAUCGAAACGAAGACAAUUUAAUUAAGUACUUUUGCUCUUUUAUCAUUGCGAAAUUUUUGUACUUAACAAAUAAAUUUAUAUAUGUGUGUGUGUGCGCGUAGAUCGUAUUCAAAAUCGUCUGCGUUCAGCUGCAAUUUGCGCAAAUCAACAUUUUUUUUUUUAAAACAUUCUAAAUUCCAGCACCUCCUUCGAUUCACUUCACAAAUUAUAUCUUAUCAAUUUACAAAUAGUUGCGAAGCUUCUUUGUUUCGGGGCUGAACGCAGACGAUACGAUUUUGUUUCCCCCGUUUGUCCUUUGUUUAUUACAUUAUAUCAUUGUAAGUGCCUAACAAAUUAGUCAUUGUCGAUACUCGUUGAAUGGUUCGAUAAUGUUGUUUCUUGAUUUAAUUUAUUACUACGAAAAAAGAGAAAAGAUCAUUUUAUUGCGGUUUUUUUUUUGUAGA